UCUUCACCCCUCCGCUUAAAAAUACUGUUGUAGAUGGCUUUGCUAUACGCUGCUUGAGCCUUAUCUUGGCUUGUUUCUGUUUAAAGAAGAAUAUCUCAAGUGACGAAGAAAGAGUAAAGCUGCUUCUCCGCAAAAGAUCUCUCUCUCUCUCUCUCUCUCUCUCUCUCUCUCUCUGCGCUAACCCAAGAACCCAGAAAGCCAUGGCGUCAUACGGGUUCACCCUCUGCAAGUUGUGUGCCAUUGUCUUGAUUCUUCUUACCUGUGCCUCCAAAACCGCUCCUUUUCCCACUCCCAUUUCAGAUGACAUAUUCGAAUCUCAGGCUCUUGCUGGCCGGCAUCUCCUCCAGGCUAGACAAAGUUGUCCAGUGAACUUUGAGUUCCUGAACUACACAGUCAUCACGAGCCAAUGCAAAGGACCUUCUUACCCUGCCAAAGCCUGUUGUAAAGCGUUCAAGGAAUUUGCCUGCCCUUACGCCCAUGUUUUAAACGACCCAAACAAUGAUUGCGCUUCGACCAUGUUUAGCUACAUUAACCUUUACGGGAAGUACCCGCCAGGCCUUUUCGCUACCAAAUGCAGAGAAGGAAAGCAAGGGCUCAAGUGUCGCCACCACCAUCAUGCUUAGCCAAUGACAGUAGCGGGGCUCAAAUCACAUUCCUUGUACUAGUACUUUCAUCUAGCUUCACCAUGCUCGUGUUCCGGGUUCUCUUUGGACCAAGACUAUAAACUCUUUCCACUGCAAUUAUUUCUUUCUUAAAUAGGUAACAAGGAGUGAUAUGUGAU